AUGGCGGAAGUGAGUGCGGAGCUCUCGACGGACAGUGAAAAUGUACGACCACAGUCAGAUAAUACGUCUUCUGAUAAUGUAGCAGAUAACACUUCGGAAGAGGUUACUUUUUGGACGGUCUCUGGGAAUGAGAUAUUUAAUGUAGAUGUCCUACAAGACUCAGAAGGCAUGGAGACUGAAAAAACCACCAAUAAUGAAAAAUCCAUUGACAAUAAUGAUAUAACUGAGAACUCCAAAGACAAUAAUGCUACACCCGAGAAAUCCAAUGACAAUAAUAAUAUGCCUGAGAAACCAGAUGAUUCACAGUCUUCAGAAAAGGACAAUACACAAUCUGAAGAUGUCCUGGAGGAAAAUAUGGAUCCACAUGUACGCGAUAGUACACCAGAAACCUUAAGUGCAGAUGAAUCAGACUGUAAUAAUGUGUCACCUGUUGGUCUUCUGCAGAGUAAAUCAAGUCCUAAUUUCUCUAUUUAUAAAAAGGACCCAGCUGUAAAGGCAGUCAAACAAUCUAGACUCGAUGCUAUCAGUCAGAGGCUAACACAGCUGCAGUCUGGAGAGAAAAAACAGCCUGAGGAAAGUGAAAACUUCAAAGUUCCCUCAGAUCUACCUCCUGGUACAAUAGUAGUAGAGCCAGCUGAGGUUCCAAUGGAUAUGGAUCAGGGAAGACCUUUAUCUGGGAACUCAAAGAUUGAUGUUUCUGUUACUCCCAGUUUAAAUGCUUCGAAUGUUGAUGGUGGAAAUACUGAUAAAAAUGCUGAUUCAGUUGUGAAUGAUUCUGUGAGUAAGGAAACUGAUAAAAGUGAACAGGAAACUAGUAAGCACGAUAAUACUGUAAAAGACAACCAGGUCACAGAAAAAGAAAUAAUCAGUUCCUCUGGCAAUACCACAGAAGAAACAAAGAAAAAGGGCUGGGCUGAUAUGGUGGAUGACUACUCUGAUCUGGCUGCGGCGUACGGCCUCGGUUCAAAUUUAAAUGACAGCACAGUGGAUAAAGGGGAUAUGGCUGGGGCUUUGUCAUCAUCCAUAAGCCAUCCAUUGACUGUUCAAACAAGCUCUGCCAGCCAAAUGGGCAUGAAUCUACCAGUAACUGCAAACUCUGGGGUAGGAUAUAUAUCUGUACCACAAUUGUAUGGUCAUUCAAAUUCCACCGCAUCAGCUUUAUUUCCCAGUCCUGUUCAGCUACAGCCGCCACCACAGCAGCUUCUGACCACUGCUCAGAAUCAAUUAUUAAGUGCUUUACAAGCCCCUCCUGCUAUCUACAAUCCAAAGAUACCUAAUUCAACUGUAAUUCCGAGGGAUGGUGAACCGAAGAGCUGAAUUGGCUCAAGCAACAUUUCAGCAGGGUAGUGGAGGGAUUGGACAGGGACAGCUGUUGUUUGGUAACCAAGUGAUAUCACCUCCACAAAUGACACAGUCAUUACAAAGACCACCACCACCCCCUCCACCUCCACCACCACCACAGCCGCAACCACUUAAAGUACUCCAGCAAGGGAAUAACAUCAUCAUACCUAUGACACAGAUCAAUCCAAAUCAGUCUGUUGUUGUGAAACACGGUAACACUAAUAUUACUAUCAUGAACGGUGACAUAGUCAUUCAGAAUAUUUCCGGCCCUAACACUAAGGGGUCUGUCAUCAUCCAAACUCGAG